AUGGGCAGCUUCAACACCACCUUAGAAGGUGGCUUCAUUUUGAUGGGCUUCUCAGACUGGCCUCAACUGGAAUAUGUCCUUUUUGUCUUCAUUUCAGUGUUCUAUUUUCUAACCAUCUUUGGCAACUCCACCAUCAUCACAGUCUCACAAAUGGAUCGUCGACUACAAACACCGAUGUACUUCUUCCUUAACAACCUCUCUUUUCUGGACCUCUGCUACACCACCAGCAUUGUGCCUCAGCUUCUUGUCAAUAUUUCUGGAAUUGACAAGACCAUGAGCUAUGCUGGGUGCAUGGCCCAGUUGUUCAUAGCGUUCUUACUGGGUGGAACUGAGUGUGUCCUCCUUGUGGUGAUGGCUUUCGACCGCUAUGUCGCUGUGUGCCGUCCACUACACUACACCAGCAUUAUGCACCCUCUUCUCUGCCACACAUUGGCCAUCUCCUCCUGGGUGGGAGGCCUUGUGAACUCUCUGACUCAGACAAGCCUCAUCAUGACCAUACCUCUCUGUGGCCAUCACCUGAACCACUUCUUCUGUGAGAUGCUUGUUCUCCUGAAGCUGGCUUGUGAGGACACAGGGGGAACAGAGGCCAACUUGUUUGUGGCAGGGGCUAUAAUUUUGGUCUGCCCUGUAGCACUAAUUCUAGGCACCUAUGCACACAUUGCCCAUGCGGUGCUGAAGAUCAAGUCAAGAGCUGGGCGCAGAAAGGCUCUGGGGACUUGUGGGUCCCACCUUACUGUGGUUUCCCUCUUUUAUGGCUCAGCCAUGUACACGUAUCUCCAACCUGUCCACAUGUAUUCUGGGAGUGAAGGAAAGUUCGCUGCCCUCUUUUAUACCAUAGUUACUCCUAUGCUGAAUCCUCUGAUUUAUACCCUAAGAAACAAGGAUGUGAAGGGGGCUCUGUGCAAGGUACUAGGGAGAGAUACAAACACAAGGUAG